AGAUCCGAAAUAAUUCAUUCCACUAUUUUAGCUCACCACAGAACAGACACAAACAUUCACAUAACAGAAACAAACCUUCACCCUCAUCACCGUCACUUUCUUCUUUUUCUUCUGUUCUUCUAAUCUACCGCACAAACAAGGUGCUGAAAAUCUAAAAAUAGAAAACCUAGAAAAUGGUGAAGAUUUGUUGCAUUGGAGCCGGGUAUGUUGGAGGGCCAACAAUGGCGGUGAUUGCAUUGAAGUGCCCUAACGUUCAAGUAACCGUGGUGGACAUAGCGGAACCAAGAAUCAAUGCGUGGAACAGCGGAACUCUGCCGAUCUACGAGCCAGGGCUGGAUGAUGUGGUGAAGCAAUGCAGAGGGAAGAAUCUCUUCUUUAGCACGGAGGUGGAGAAGCACGUGGCGGAGUCUGACAUCAUCUUUGUUUCCGUCAACACGCCUACAAAGACUCAGGGCCUCGGCGCAGGCAAGGCGGCCGACUUAACUUACUGGGAGAGCGCUGCCAGGAUGAUCGCCGAUGUGUCGAAGUCGGACAAGAUUGUGGUUGAGAAAUCAACUGUCCCUGUGAAGACUGCAGAGGCAAUUGAGAGAAUCUUGACACAUAACAAGAAAGGAAUCAAUUUCACAAUUCUAUCAAAUCCUGAGUUUCUUGCUGAGGGAACUGCAAUUCAAGAUCUGUUUAAUCCUGAUAGGGUGCUAAUUGGUGGAAGGGAGACACCUGAGGGGCAAAAAGCCAUAAAUGCCCUCAGAGAUGUGUAUGCUAAUUGGGUCCCUAAGGAGAGGAUCCUCUGCACUAAUCUCUGGUCUGCUGAACUGUCAAAGCUUGCUGCUAAUGCUUUCCUUGCCCAGAGGAUUUCCUCUGUCAAUGCAAUGUCUGCAUUGUGUGAGUCAACUGGUGCUGAUGUUUCGCAGGUUUCGCACUCCAUCGGGACGGAUUCUAGAGUCGGGCCCAAGUUCUUGAAUGCCAGUGUUGGAUUCGGUGGAUCAUGCUUCCAGAAGGACAUACUCAAUUUGGUCUACAUUUGUGAGUGCAAUGGCCUCCCUGAGGUUGCGAAUUACUGGAAGCAGGUGGUAAAGGUGAAUGACUACCAGAAGUCGCGGUUCGUGAACCGGGUGGUUUCGUCCAUGUUCAAUACAGUUUCAAGCAAGAAGAUUGCGAUCUUGGGAUUCGCCUUCAAGAAGGAUACAGGGGACACAAGGGAGACACCAGCUAUUGAUGUAUGCAAGGGACUCUUAGGGGACAAGGCCAGAUUGAGCAUAUUUGAUCCUCAAGUAACUGAAGAUCAGAUUUUGAAGGAUUUGUCUAUGAAGAAGUUUGAUAAGGACCACCCUUCACAUCUUCAACCUGCAAGCCCUACUUCAAUAAAACAAGUUUCUAUUGUUGGUGAUGCAUACGAGGCAACUAAGGACUCACAUGGUAUCUGCAUUCUAACUGAGUGGGAUGAGUUCAAGAAGCUUGAUUAUCAGAAGGUGUUUGAUUCAAUGCAGAAGCCAGCAUUUGUAUUUGAUGGAAGGAACAUUGUGGAUGCUGAUAAGCUCAGGAAAAUUGGCUUCAUUGUUUAUUGCAUUGGAAAGCCAUUAGAUCCAUGGCUCAAGGACAUGCCUGCUGUGGCAUAAUAUAUUAAAGAAUACAAAAUAAAAAGUUAUAUACAGAGGGAAACUUCUGAUUCAAGAUAAAAUGCAUCAUAUCCUGGUAUAUGUUGAAUGUUCUCAUUCUUUUUUUACUUACACUUUCUUUUAGAAGGUUUUGUCUCUUUGUACCAAGUUUAUGGCACGUUAUUGUUUCCUAUAUUAUUUUCUUGUUAGGUAGCUGAAAUUCCUUAUUUAUUGACCUGCCUAUAGAUAUAAUAAGCGACUAGUUAUGGAACUUUAAUAC